ACUAAAAAGGUUGAUUGUGUAUCUACUCAUAAUAUACAUGAUACAAAAACCAAUGGCCAUUACUUGAAAGAUUUUCAAUUUAUUUUUAUUGAACUACCUAAAUUGUCUAGGAGUAAAGUAGAGCAAUUAAUAAAUAUAGUAGAGCAUUGACGCUUCUUUUUUAAGAAUGCAGAGGAUACCACUGAAACAGAUGUAAAAGCUAGCAUACGAUGGGUUAAAUGAGUUCCGUUGGAAUGAAGAAGAUAAAAUAGCGUAUGAAGAAAGAGGAAUCUAAUGAAUCUACAGAAAGACAAAGCCAUCCUUGAAUAC